CGUUUCACGUUGUGUCAAGGGAUCGGCCAUUGGAUAACCAUGCAAACAAUGGCUGCUCCCUGAAUGCCAGCGUGUCGUCUGUUUUCUUUUCCAGACAACUGACAAAUUUUGGAGAUGGGAUUUCUGAGUGUGAAGAGAGUUGUGGCUGUACUGCUGGUCCUAUGGGUAGGCACACUCUGCUACAUCUGGUUGCCGGGUUUCAUUCCUGAUUUUCUUCAUGUUAGAAGUCUGAGCAAAUCUGAAGAAACUGAUUUGAAAGUAAAGGAAGGUGCUCUUCGUGAUGGAUUGGGAGGGACAAAUGAGUCAGCAAUGAAACUGGGAAAGAAUUCUGGUGUUAAUCAGUUUGAUGAUGCUGUUCAUGUAGUGAUUGCUUCUGACAGCAAUACCAUUGGAGGAAUGAUUGCACUUAUCAACAGUAUUCUAUCAAAUACAAAAGCAAAAGUCAUGUUCCACCUUAUCACUGACAGCGAGACCAGUUACCACUUAGGUAUGUGGCUGAUGAAGACAAAACUGAGUGUUAUCAACUAUGAGGUUAAAAUAUUCCCCAAGAGCCUUGUUGAGGGCAAGAUCAAGGUCAGAGGUGGUCGACCAGAACUGGCUAAUCCAGUCAACUAUGCACGUUAUUAUCUGCCCGAACUGUUUCCCAACAUCCUAGGAAGGAUUGUCUACAUCGACGAUGACUGCAUUGUGCAAGGGGACAUACAGGAAUUGUAUCAAAUGAAGAUCAAGCCUGGAAACCUGGCUGCUUUUUCAGAAGACUGCCUUGGUAUGAACAGAAGAAUCACCUUUAUGCAGAAUGUGUAUUCGGAUUACUUUGACCUGAAAAAUAAACACUUCAAGGAGCUUAAUAUCAAUCCAUCAGCUUGUUCGUUUAACACUGGUGUUUUUGUAACUGACCUUGCUGACUGGCGCUCUCACAAUGUGACCCAUAAAUUGGAGUACUGGCUUGAACUCAAUACAAGAGAGGAACUGUAUGGGAAUGAAAGAGGUGGGGGAGGUUCUCAACCCCCAAUGAUGAUAGUUUUCUAUAACAAGUACACGCCUAUUGAACCGCUUUGGCAUGUCAAAUAUCUUGGAUGGUCUCCACGGACCAGCUACAAAUACCAGUUUAUAAGGAGUGCAAAGCUGCUUCACUGGAAUGGCCGAUUCAAACCAUGGGGCCGCACAGCAGCUUUUCAAGAACUAUGGGACUUCUACUAUAUACCUGAUCCAACUGACAAGUUCCGCAUCAUCCGCAAAGGCAUUCUGUAGAAUAUGUGCUUGCAGGCUACGCAUCAUCAUUGUUUUUAUUGUGACAAGCAUUAUGAUGCUAAAAAGAAUUUUUAUGAUUACCCACCAACACCUGAUUAUUUAGCAAGUGAAGAUUUUAAUACACAUUGAAAAUGCUGAGAAAAAGUUAUGGUCACAAAGCUGAACGAGUAGAAAAUGUUGAUUUUUUUUUUUAAUUUCACCAAAAUCUAAUUGUAAAAUUUUAAUUGUGUUUUAGCAUAAAACAAACUGUUAACAAAAGUUCUAUCUGAAUCCAGGUAUUUUACUGGCUAAUAUUGACCUCUAUUACAUUAAUGGAUAAUCGAAUUUCUAUAUUGUCCAUAGCCAGAGUGAAGCUAGUUAUAAAUGGUUCUCAAGACAUUCACCAAAAUAAAAUGGAAAUCAUCUGUAUCCACUGAUCAGAAUUUGAUUUCCACUGGUGCCUCUCAGGUAUCUCAAAGCGUUCUUGGACCUAUGUACAUGGAACAGACACAAAGUUAAAAUCUGUAUAGAAGCUAGGCAUUGAAGGAAAUGCUGUUUUGGAGAUAACUACAGACCUUCUAUAUAAGUAGAAGUUUUUGUUUUUUUUCUUAGGAAGAUCUUGGAGGAUGAUUGAUAACUUCAGGGUCUCUGUGUUUAGAGAAUUUUGUUCAUAGUUCUUGCCCCAGGGUCUGUACAUUUUCCAUUUAGAGGUUUUCUUUGUGCCUCUUUAGUUACCUCUAAGGUAAACUAGCUUCUAACAGGUAGCCGUGGCUUCUAAUUUUUAUGAUAAUGAUAUUCACUGCAGCCUGUUAUAUUUUUGUAUAAGCUCACAAUAUAUAUCUAUAUUUGAUGGUCUUUUUUCAACAGUCCAUCUACUUAAAAGUUUCAUUAAUUAUCUUAGAUUUUGUAAGUUUUGAAAGCAUCGUCAAGAACAUAUGUUGAUACGACUGAGCUUCUAUGCAUGCAACAGUAUAUUCCAGGAAUGCUCAUCUGUUAGUUUCAUGACUUUUGUGUUAGUGAUUGCAUUACAACAGUUGGCUGAGCAUAAUCAGCAAUGUUUUAAGAGGUGUCUUGGAAUAUUUAGGAACAAAUAUACUCAAAGUGCCCUUAAGACAGUGUGAUACAAGGAAAGAUUUGCUUUGAAAAAAAAUUUAUGAAUAUCAUGCACAUCAAACUUUAUUUGCUGAAGCAUGUUCUGUUUUGGUUGUAAACU